AUGUUGGCUGAUGUGGAGAUGAGAGUUAAGAUGCAUAAAGAGCUACGAGAGAGUAACAGAGUGUGUGAGCCGCAGCACCGCAGAAGCAGCAUGGAGUUUCCGCCACCUAACAGAAAGUUGGUGACAGAGACUCUUUGUCUUCAGCAGGACUCCUCAAAGAGGACACAGAGCAGAAACACUGACACCAUCACAGAUGAUGUACCAUCCAGGGAGCGCAGAAGCAGUGUUGGACAUUUGCCACCUUCAAUGUCUGAGCUGAGGGUUGUUCUGCUGGGGAACAGCUGGUCUGAGAGGAGUUCAGUGGGGAACUUCAUACUGGGAGAAACUGUGUUCAACACUGAGGAAGAAUUAGAUCGCUGUCAGAGAGUCAGAGGACAGUUGAAGGAGAAAGAAAUAGUUCUCAUCAACACCCCAGAUCUGCUGCAUCCAAACAUCUCUGAAGACAAACUGAGAGAACAUGUAGAAACCUGUGUGAGACUCUCUGAUCCUGGUCCUCAUGUGUUCCUGCUGGUUCUACAGCCUGAAGACUUCACUGAGCAUCACAAGAAGAGAUUACAAACAGUCCUUGGACUGUUCAGUGAUCAAUCAUUUUAUCAUUCAGUGAUUCUGAUAUCAACACAAAGAGAGGAGAGUUCAGGUUUGAUGGAGAAAUAUGAGGAACAUCAACAGUUAGGAGACAUGAUCAGAAAAUGUAGAUCCAAGUUAUUUUGGCAGAAGAACCUUGAACGUCCAGAGCUGUUAGAGAUCAUGGACCAAAUUGUGAAUGAAAACGAUGGAGAUCAUUUGAUCUGUGAAGUAUUUAAGGAAGCAGCAUCUAUUUUACCAAGUGAACAUGGAAGUCUGAAACAAGAGGACACAUUCAAGACCAACUUAGAUGCUGUUAAAGCUGCUGGGUCGAAAUCUCUCUGGGAUCCAGCAAAAAACAUCAACUUCUCUGCACUGAGGAUUGUGCUAGUGGGGAAAAGUGAAGACAAAAAGACAAAACUUGGUAACUUCAUUACUGGGAAAGAAGAAUUUCAUAGCCAAAAAAAUCCCUCCUGUGUGGCCGCCUGUGGAGAGUGGAGAGGAAAACCAUUGACUGUAGUAAAAACUUCAGAUAUCUUCAGUCAGUCUGAGCAGACAGUGAGGGAAGAAGUGAGGAGGUUCAUGAAUCUGUGCUUCCCUGGACCAAAUGUUCUGCUGCUGUUAGUGAAACCUUCUGAGUUAAAAAAUGACAAAGAAAGACUUAAGUUCAUCCUGAGUUUGUUGGAUCGAGAUGCUUUUAAACACUCCAUGGUCAUCAUCACACACAAGGAGAAGGAAACUGUGAAUCAGCUCCUUGAAGACUGUGGAGGAAGAUAUUACAACAUGUUUGACAACAACCACAAACAGUUAAUGGAGAAGAUUGAGAUCAUUGUCCAUCAAAACAGAGGAACCUUCCUCACCUUCACUGAAGAGACCAGAAGACCAAAGUCUUUAAACCUGGUUCUGUGUGGGAGGAGAGGAGCAGAGAAGACUUCAGCAGCCAAGGCCAUUUUAGGUCAAACAGAGCUUCAUUCAGUCUCCAACUCAUCAGAGUGUGUUAAACAUCAGGGAGAGGUGUUUAGACGUUGGGUUUCUCUGGUGGAGCUGCCUGCCUUGUAUGGAGAACCUCAGGAAGCAGUGAUGGAGGAAUCACUCAGCUAUAUCUCCCUCUGUGAUCCUGAGGGUGUCCAUGCCUUCAUCCUGGUCCUACCUGUGGGUCCCCUCACUGAUGAAGACAAGGGAGAGUUAAAGACCAUCCAGAACACAUUCAGCUCUAGAGUCAAUGACUUCACCAUGAUUAUGUUCGCUGUGGAGUCAGAUCCUACAACUCCAGCCGUUGAUGACUUUAUAAGAAAGAACAGAGACAUCCAGGAGCUCUGUCAGAGCUGUGGAGGAAGAUAUGUUGUUCUCAACAUCAAGAACAAGCAGCAGAUCUCUAAGAUGUUGGAUACUGUGGAGAAGAUGAGACAGUCUGAAAAUAAACCAUGUUGCUAUACAACAGAAACAUUUGCUCGUGCCCAAAUAGAGAAGAUCAUACACCAAGAGAUAGACAUCACCGCACUUCAGGCUAAGAUUAAGGGAAUGAACACACAAGGCACGAUCAGCUGUGAUGAUGAGAGACAGAGCUCAGAGUGUCUCAGGAUUGUUCUGAUAGGGAAGACUGGCAGUGGAAAGAGCUCUUCAGGAAACACCAUUCUGGGAAGAAAAGAGUUUAAAGCCAAAUCAAGCCAAACAUCAGUCACCAAACAAUGUCAGAAAGCACAGAGUGAAGUAGAUGGUCGUCAUGUCGUCGUGGUCGACACUCCUGGUCUGUUUGACUCCACUUUGUCCCAUGAAGACAUUAAUGAGGAGAUGGUGAAAUGCAUCAGUCUUCUGGCUCCAGGACCACAUGUCUUCCUGUUGGUGUUACAGAUUGGCAGAUUCACACCAGAAGAGAAGGAGACAUUAAAACUCAUCAGGGAAGUAUUUGGGAAAAAUUCAGAAAAGUUCACCAUCAUUCUUUUAACAAGAGGGGAUGAACUGGAGGUUGGGCAGUCCAUUGAAGAAUACAUUAAAGAGGAAUGUGAUGAUCCCUUUAAGAAGCUGAUUGAUGACUGUGGAGGAAGAUACCAUGUGUUUAAUAAUAAACAUGAACAAAACCACACACAACAAGUCAGUGAACUGAUAAACAAGAUUGACUCCAUGGUGAAGAAAAAUGGCGGCAACUGCUUUACCAAUGAGAUGCUGCAAGAGGCCGAGGAAGCAAUAAAGAAGAAAAUGGAGAAGAUCCUGAAGGAGAAGGAAGAAGAGAUGAAGAAAGAGAGGGAGGAGUUUGAAAGAAAACAUGAGGAAGAAAUGAAGGCAAUGAAAAAACGAAUAGAAAAACAGAGAGCAGAGAUUGAACAGGAGAGAGAACUGAGAGAGAAACAACUUCAGGAGAAGGAGGAAAACAUUCAAAAAGAUCGUGAACAGAGAAAGAAAGAACAAGAAGAGAAAGAAGAGGAAGACAAGAAGAGGAGAGAACAGGAAGAGAUUCAACGACAGGAGUGGGAGAAAAAACUUAGAGAUCUGGAGGAAAAAAUAAAAUCAAAAGAAAAAGAAAUCAUUGAUAAAGAGCUGGAGGAGAGCAGAGAAGAGAUGAGAAAAGAACGAGAGGACUGGGAGAAGAAACAAAAAGAAAUGUGGGAGAAACGAAAUCAAGAAGAUGAACAGAGACGAGAGGAGGAGCAGAGAAGAAUAAAAAAGCUUCAAGAAGAAUAUAAACAGGAAAGAAAAGAAUAUGAAAAGAAAAGGAAAGAAGAUGCAAUCAGAAGGAAAGAGGAAGAAAAGGAAUGGAAAGAGUUAGAAGAAAACUUUAAAAAGAAAUUGGAUGAUAUGAAGCUGAAGUAUGAAGAGGAGAUCAGAAGACAAGCUGAAGAGUCCAAUGAAUUCAGAGAGAAACAGGAGGCAGACUUUGCAGCUCAAAUAGAGAAACAUUUUGAGGAAGUGAAGGAACUGAAGCAACAGCAUGAGGACGAAAUGCAGAAGAAGCAGGAGGAUUAUGAGAGUUUGAAAGAACUCGCAGACCAUAAAGAGAAAAAUCUGAAACAAGUCAUGGAUGACCUGCAGAACAAACACGAACAAGAGAUGAAUGAGUUGAGACAGGACAUGAAGGGAGACUGUCAGGAGGAAGAAGAGGAGGACCUGCAGAGGAAACAUGAACAAGAGAUGAAUAUCUUGAAGGAGAAACUUCUGACCCCAGAGGAGAAAUCGUCCUGUAGCAUUGCAUGA